UUUAGCCCUUUGAUAAACUUUAAUUCAUCUGAAUAAAAGAAAUAUCAUGAGAAUAAGCUCCUAUGAUAGAUAUGAUCCAGAAUAUAUAGAGUUAAAGCGACAGGAAUCGCGUACGCGGUAUGAAUCAACAUUAGAAGGAAUCUUUGAACGGUAUGGGAGAGACAUGACAGAAGAAUCCGACGAAGUAGAUCUUAGAACGGGAGAAGUCAUUGUUAAUCGAGGACAUUUGAAUAAUCUUCGAGUUUCGUGGUUUUUAGAGGAAGAAACCUUAAGUUUUAGUGAUGAUAAUAUUGAAAAUGAUUUUUUUGAAAAUAUAAUGUCAAUGGUGACAAUAAAGCAAAAAGAAGUGAUUAAAAAGAAGGAACAUAAGGUGGAUAAGAUUCCCCAUAAGUUUCCGUCAAAAGCGAAGAUUUUUGAGGAAUUUGGGAGUCUUGGACCAUCAAUUAUUAAAUUAAUUGAAAGUCAAAAAAGAAAAAGAAAGCAUUUUAAGAAGAUAAGACGUCUGAAGUGUUCAAAUAAGAAUUCUAGUGGAAUAAAUGAUUUAAAAAUGGGGGGAAUAAAUACGCUUAUUCCAUAUAUGAAAACGAAUGAGAAAUCGAAUUCAUAUAAUAAAUCAUUUGGAUAUGAAGGAAUUCCUGUGAAUAUGACUAAUAAUGAAGAAAAAGACAUGACUAUGCAUUUAAAUGAUUUUUUUAUUCAUAAUAACAAAAACACGAUAUUUAAUUCAGUACAUGCAGUUAGACGAUUUGAUAUUAUUAUUGAUUGUCCUAAAUCAAAUCAAGCAUUUAUAGAAAACCAAGAAAUACGCAAAUUGGUACCGAGAAACACACAUGAAAGUCAAAAGGCAUCUAUUUAUUCAUCACAUGUUCAUCUUUUUGAUCAAUAUUAUAAUUUUUUAACAAAUUCACAAACGAAACCAAAUCGUUUACUUAACCAUUCAUUAGUUUAUGAUAAUUUAUAUCCAAUUGAAUCAUUCUCUUCCGAAUCAGCUUCUCAACAGGAAACAAAAUCUUAUUCUACUAAUACAUCUAUUGAAGAAACAAAUUUGGAAGUGGAAAACGCACAUAAAAAAAAAAUACACUGCAACAAACUAUUUUGUUUUACUUGUUCAUGUUUAUGAUCUCUGUGUAAUUUUCAUUUACAAAAAAAUCAAGGCAAAUUUUACA